GAAAGAAUCAGACGCAGGAGACGCGCGCGAGGGGAGAGCCAAGAGAGCUGAGAGACCUUGUCCCUGUUGCUGUGUCGGAGACGCGUUUGGCAGGUUGCCAUGGCACCUAGACCCAACAUGACGGCCCCCAUUUGCCUGGUGGAAAACAAAAAUGAGCAGCUGUCAGUGAAUCAGGAAGCUGUACAGAUUCUUGACCAGAUAGCUCAGCCAGUGGUGGUCGUGGCCAUGGUGGGUCUGUAUCGCACAGGCAAGUCCUACUUGAUGAACCGUCUUGCAGGGCAGAACCAUGGUUUCCCUCUGGGCUCUACGGUGCAGUCUGAAACCAAGGGCAUCUGGAUGUGGUGUGUGCCGCACCCCUCUAAGCCUAACCACACCCUGGUCCUUCUGGACACUGAGGGCCUGGGUGAUGUGGAAAAGGGCAACCCUAAGAAUGACUCAUGGAUCUUUGCCCUGGCCGUGCUUCUGUGUAGCACUUUUGUCUACAACAGCAUGGGCACCAUCAAUCAACAGGCCCUGGAGCAGCUGCAUUAUGUGACAGAACUCACAGAACUCAUCAGGACAAAGUCCUCCCCUGCACCGGAUGGAGUAGACGAUUCCCUGGAGUUUGUGAGUUUCUUUCCAGACUUUAUCUGGACUGUACGGGAUUUCACCCUGGAGCUGAAGUUAAACGGUCACCCUAUCACAGAAGAUGAGUACCUGGAGAAUGCCUUGAAGCUGAUUCCAGGCAGGAAUCCCAAAGCCCAAAUAUCCAAUCUUCCCAGAGAGUGCAUCCGGCAUUUCUUUCCAAAAAGAAAGUGUUUUGUCUUUGAUAGGCCUACUAAUGACAAAGAACUCUUAGCCAAUAUUGAGAAUGUUGCAGAAUACCAACUGGAUCCUAAAUUCCAGGAACAAACAAAGAAUUUCUGUUCUUACAUCCUCACCCAGGGGAGAACCAAAACCCUAAGAGAGGGAAUCAUGGUCACUGGGAAACGGCUAAAAACUCUGGUGGUGACUUAUGUGGACACCAUCAACAGUGGAGCGGUGCCUUGUUUGGAGAACGCAGUGACAACCCUGGCUGAGCAAGAGAACUCAGCGGCUGUGCAGAAGGCAGCUGACCACUACAGCCAGCAGAUGGCCCAGCGAGUAAAGUUCCCCACAGACACGCUCCAGGAGCUGCUGGACCUGCACGCGGCCUGUGAGAGGGAAGCCAUUGCGAUCUUCAUGGAGAACUCCUUCAAGGAUGAAAACCAGAAGUUCCAGAAGACGCUUGUGGAAAUCAUAAAGGAUAAGAAGGAUGAUUUCAUGCUGCAGAAUGAAGAGGCAUCGGUUAAAUAUUGCCAGGCUAAGCUUGAUCAGCUUUCAAUGGCCCUCAUGGAAAGUAUUUCAGCAGGAACUUUCUCUGUUCCUGGUGGUCACAAGCUCUACUUGGAAACAAAGGAAAGGAUUGAACAGGACUAUCGUAAUGUGCCCAGGAAAGGAGUGAAGGGUAAUGAAGUCCUGCAGAGCUUCCUGCAGUCGCAGGUGGCAAUAGAGAAAUCCAUCCUGCAGGCAGACAAAGCGCUCACAGAUGUGGAGAAGGCCAUGGCAGAGGAACGGGCCAGGAAGGAGGCCGCUGAGAAGGAGCAGGAGCUGAUGAGACAGAAACUACAGGAGCAGCAGCAGCAGAUGGAGGCUCAGAAGAAGAGCCUUGAGGAAAACAUAGCCCAACUGAAGGACAAGCUGGAACGAGACAGAGAGAACAUAAUAAAAGAGCAGAAUAUGAUGUUGGAGCAUAAACUGAAGGUUCAAGAAGAACUGCUUAAAGAUGGAUUUAAAAAGAAAUCUGAAGAGAUGAGUGCAGAGAUAAAUCAUUUGAAAAAUAUGAUUGAUACUACUAAAAAUGAUGAUACUCCCUGGAUUGUAAGCGCCAUAGAUAGACUUGGCAGUGAACUCACUUCAAUAUUGUUUGGUCCUGCUAAACUUAUUGGUGGUGUUAUAAAGGGCAUAAGCUCAUUAUUUAAAAAGAAAUAG